AUGACUUACAGAGAUGACAUCCUCAAGAGUUUGAAGGAGCGAGACAGAUUCACCUCCCAGUUCAGCCGAAUCGUCGAAAGUUGUAAGAAUUCAUUUUUAGAGGUGUAAAGUAGUGAAACUCGUGAUUUUUUAAGUACUUUUCAGAUGUUUCAAUAUCCGAUUCGUUGAAUUAUGUCCUCAGCAGACAGUCGAUGGGCGGAGGAGGCUCUGUGUAAGUUCGUUUUAUUUAUUUUUUGAAUUUUAGUUUGUGUUAGAAAUGUCAAUUUUUGUCGAAUUCUAAUGCCUAUUAACAGAUACGAAGUUUACUGUAUUUCGACUCCAUUGAAUAAGUUUACUUUCAGCGACGUCUCCAAGGAUAGCCAAGAAUUACGGAACGAAUUGGCUGAAGUUUAUAAAAAGAAGGCUGCCAAUGACGAAUUGCUGAUAGAAGCACAGAAGAAGGUCAGAGAACUCGAGAAACGACUAACUGAGGUAGUUGAAAGCAAGGGUGGACUCGAACAUGAGGUCAAGGAGUUGAAAAUUGAGUUGGAAAAGAAAGAAUUGGAACUCCAGGAACUGAAAACUACUAACGAAUUGCUAAAUGAUGAACUUUUGGCUCUGAACGUAAGGUUUAUUACUUAUUUGCUUUUACUUUUAGAUGGAAACUCAAUCUCUGAAUAAGAAAUUUGUGGAUGCAGACCAAGAAAGAGUGGUGUUGAUCAAUAAAAUCAAGGAAUUGAAGGAAAAGGAGAUCGAAUAUAUGAAUGAAUUUAAUGAUAAGGAGCAUCAGUAAGUUAUCUACUUUUUUGAAAUGAAUGAUGUACAGAAUGUUUUAUUACAUUGAAAUUUCUUUCAGAAUUCGCCUCCAAAGACUCCGAUCCGAGAUUGAUGACGCGACUAAGCCCUCGAGUCAAAAUUCAUCGAGAAGAAGCUCCCGGAAGUACAGUGAGACAUUUUCUACCACCUCAACCUUCGAUUCCAUACCCAGUCGAUGUGAAUAUAAAUUUGUAAGACUUUUCUUUUUCCUAUAUCUGAACAUUUAGGAAUGUGAUGGAAACGGAGAAGUCAACGAUUGUGUAUGGAACAGGUCUGGUCGAAUAUUUUACACUGGAGGUAGUGACAAGCUGAUUCGAGUCUGGGAGCCUCAAGCGAAUGCACCUCCCAUUCUGAAGGCGAAGAUUGCGGGAUCAACCAAAGCCAUAAACCGAUUGGAUCUACAUCCGGAUAGUCCAUUAUUAUUGAGUGCUUGCAGCGAUAACACGGUCUACUUAUUCAACACUGAUGACAAAAGGAGAAGGGUGGGUUUAGAAUAUGAAUUGAGAUUUUCAUCUGCUUUUAUAACGGUAUUGUUUUAGUUUGCAUUUACUGGGCACUCGGAUAAAGUAAUGGCCGCCCGUUUCAUCGCUCAAGCCAAUCGAAUUGUUUCCGGUUCCAGUGAUCGUACCCUCAGGAUAUGGGAUAUCAACUCGGGAGCUUGUAAGGCCUUUUUUAUUUUUAAAUCAAGCUUUGUAGCAUUUUAUAUUAUCCAUGACCAUUUCAGGUGUCCGAACUUUAAUGCCAGCUUCGAUGUGCUCGGAUGUGGCCACGUGUAAUCGAGGCAUUGCCAGUUCUCAUUACGAUAAAUGGAUUCGAUUGUGGGAUGGGAAAUCGGAAACUCCAUACCAUCAGAUCAAAAUGGGCGGCAAGAUUACGUCACUCCAUUUAUCUACAGGUAAUUUAAAUUCAUUAUUUCUUAUUGGUUUAGAUGGUCAACUACUCCUCGCUUGCUGUCGUGAUGAGACUUUGUCCCUGAUAGACCUCCGCCAAAAUGAGAUUGUCCAUAUUUAUGCGGCCGAUCAGUUCAGAACUUCCUAUGAAUACUGUAAAUGCGCGAUCAGCCCAGGUGGCGGAUAUGUCUCGGCGGGCUCCUGGGACGGGCAAUUGUAUAUAUUUAACCUGCAGAGCACCAAACUGGAGAAAGUACUAACCGGACAUGAGUAAGUCACCUGUCUUGUAUUAUUCUUCAUUUUUUUGUAAUUUAGAUAUUGAUGACUAAAGUAAUUUAAUUUUUGUUUCAGUAACAGCCCAGUCUACUCAUUGGCCUGGAAUCCGAACGAUGGAUCGAUAAUUUCCACGGACAAGAAGCGAACUGCCUGUUUGUGGAUGUAA